UUGCGCUGCGGGCAGAGAAAGGAGCGGAGCGCCUGCAGCGGCCCAGCCGAGCCUGCCGCACGCAACGGGGCCGAGCCAUGUCUGACCAGGAAGCAAAACCUUCAGCUGAGGACUUAGGAGAUAAGAAAGAAGGGGAAUACAUUAAACUCAAAGUCAUUGGGCAGGACAGCAGUGAAAUUCACUUCAAGGUGAAAAUGACAACACACCUCAAGAAACUCAAAGAAUCAUACUGUCAAAGACAGGGUGUUCCAAUGAAUUCACUCAGGUUCCUCUUCGAGGGUCAGAGAAUUACUGAUAAUCAUACCCCCAAGGAGCUGGGGAUGGAGGAGGAAGAUGUGAUUGAAGUUUAUCAGGAACAGACGGGGGGUCACUCAACAGUUUAGAUCCUUCUGUUUGUUUUCUUCCCCCUUAAUCCUUUUUUAUUUUUAAAUAAUAGUUCUUUUGUAAUGUGGUGUUCAACACUGAAUUGAAACUGGCACCCCAUCUCUGGGAGUUUAUUUUCAAGCGUCUGGUAUUUUGAAUUCUCGUGCUCAUUAUACACUAUUGUUUCUGUUUUCAUUGUGCUGAACUUUUGUGAUCCAGCUGCAGCCUUGCUCCCCUCUUCCCUUCUGCCCUCCCCUUUAGAAAUACACGUACACACAUGCAUUUGUAUGUUCACUAGGUUCGUGCAUUUCAGGCACGAAGGCUGUAAGAUCUGCCGGGUGGGCGAGUGUUCUUAAUGACUUCCAUAUCUGCCCUGAAGUUUUGAUGUGUGACUGUUUCACUCCUGGACUAUAACUUUCAGUGCAAGAUGAAGUUUCUCAGAGAACUAAACUGUGGAGAAAUUGUGUAUCCAUAACUCAGAGCUAUUUUGCUUAAAUUGUGCUGAUGGCCCAACGAAGAAGAUUACCAAGUUGGAAAUGGAAAAGCUAGAACUGUUGUCAUCUGUACCUUGCUCCAGAGAUGGCUUUGCUGAAGACAUGAAAUUGAAAACCCUAAUGAUUCCUAAGUCUUGCCAGAAGAGCCCAGAAGCAUUUUAACUUCAUAUAGCAAUUAGUACAUGCAGGUAUUCAUGCAAGAAUGUUCACAGCAGACAACCGGUGUUACUUUGACACUCUUGUUUGUACCUUUUGGCCUGGGACGUGGGUUUUGAAUGGACAUUGUCUGUACCAGCUUCAUUUAAAAUAAACAAGAAAAACAAUUUUAUAAACAACUUGCAUUUUCUUUUCAAAUGUUUGGAAAUGAGCAAAACCAUAAAAAGUUAUAAAUUAGGGCUUGCUUUCCUGGUAACUAUAUGUUGAAGCCACAAAAAAAGUGCUUUGUAAAUGUACCUCAUUUUUAAAACAAAAUUACUUUUUUCUACUUGCCCUAGUAAAAUACUUGAUCUGCUUGGUUUGCAGGUGACUGUGUGAGACUACUAGAUGUUU